UGUAGGGAGGAAGUCUCGUGUGUUGCAUUUACUUCUGACAAUGGCAUCUAUACUGGAAGAAUAUGAAAAUUCCUUAUCCCGUGCAAACCUUCCGAGCCAGACGCGCGUCCCUGGGAUACCCCUGUCAGGUUAUGUGAAUGCCCGUCUAGAGAAAGAGACCCCUAUUUUUAACAAGCAGCGGAUUGACUUCAAUCCUCCAGAGAACAUAAACAGUUUGGUGGUCUGUAGUAACCAGUUAUGUAUGAGCCUCGGCAGGGAAACUAUACUCAGGAUUGAUUUGGUGAAAGCAGACCAGCCUAACCAGGUGGACCGGGGUCGUAAAGAUGAUUCUCAAGUUCACAAGAUAUUUUUAGAUCCAACAGGAUCCCAUCUUCUGAUUGCUCUUAACACAAAUGAAUGCCUCUAUUUAAAUCGCAAUGCACAAAAAGUAAGGCUUCUUUCUCGAUGGAAAGGCCAUUUGAUUGAAAGCAUUGGUUGGAACAAGAUUCUAGGUAAUGAAACGAACACUGGACCUAUUUUAGUGGGGACAAGUCAGGGUCAAAUCUUUGAGGCAGAAAUAUCAACCAGUGAAGGUGGUCUCUUUAGCACAAAUCCUGACCAGUACUUUCGAUACAUUCAUGCAUUGGAGGAAGAGACUGGUCCUGUCCCAGUUUGCUGUCUUGAAAUACAUCGAGGAUGUGAUAAUAGGUUCUGUAUCAUUGCAACUACUAAAAAAAGACUCUUUCAGUUCACUGGUAAAAUUCCAGAAGGAAUGGAACAGCAAGGAUUUGCUUCAUUAUUCUCACAGCCUGCAGAUGACCUUCCUAGCAUACAGGAGUUUCCAGAAAGCCUUGGCUAUAGUGAGAUAGCAUUCUACACUCAGAAGCUUCGCUCCUUCCCAAGUUCUUUUGCCUGGAUGAUGGGCAAUGGUGUUCUUUAUGGAACCUUAGACUUUUCUCGGCCAGAUUCUGUUCUAAGUGAUGUGCAGGUUUGGGAGUAUCCAUCUAAUAUGGAUUUGCGGUUUGAUAAACCCAUGUCUAUUGUGCUCACUCAAUUUCACUUUCUUCUGCUGCUGCCGGACAGAGUGAAAGCUAUUUGUAUACUAAAUGGACAAGUGGUUUUUGAAGAUGUCUUUACUGAGAAGUUUGGACCUUUAAAAAGAAUGGUAAAAGAUCCAAUUUUAGGCCAGAUUUGGAUUCAUACAGAGAGGGCAGUCUUCAGAUAUCAUGUGGACAGAGAACCUAGAGAUGUGUGGAAGAUGUACAUGAAUAUGGGAAAGUUUGACUUGGCUAAAGAGUUUUGUAAGGAUCGCCCUGAGUGCAUGGACAUUGUACUAGCCAAGGAGGCUGAACACUGUUUCCAGAAUAAGAAAUAUAAAGAGAGUGCCAAAUGUUAUGCUCUUACCCAAAACUACUUUGAAGAAAUUGCUCUGAAGUUCAUUGAGGCCAAACAAGAAGAAGCGCUGAUGGAGUUCCUUCUUAAAAAGUUGUCUAAUCUCAAGUCUACAGAAAAAAUACAAGCCACUUUAUUAACCACCUGGUUAACUGAGCUAUACUUAAAUCAUCUAGGGGUCCUAGAAGGUGAUGCAUCAAAAAAAAGUUUAUAUCUGAAGACCCGAGAUGAGUUUAGAAGCUUUUUAAGUAGUCCAAGAAACAAAGAAUGUCUCUUUCACAAUCGUGCUUCCAUACAUGAUCUCCUAGCAAGUCAUGGAGAUACUGAACACAUGGUUUAUUUUGCUGUGCUAAUGCAAGAUUAUGAGCGAGUGGUAUCCCAUCAUUGCCAGCAUGAUGAUUAUAUUGAAGCAUUAAAUGUCCUAUCAAAGCAUAGGGAUGAGAAGCUUUUUUACAAGUUUUCUCCAGUGCUGAUGCAGCAUAAUCCUAAGAAAGUUGUAGAUGCUUGGAUUGCAAUGGGCAAAAGGUUGGACCCAAAAAAUCUUAUCCCAGCCCUUGUUAAUUACAGCCAGAGUGCUGGCACUCAGAUCAAUGAGGCAAUUAGAUAUAUGGAACACUGUGUGUAUGAGUUGGGAGAAACCGAGCAGGCAAUCCAUAACUACCUUUUGUCUCUCUACGCACAGUUCCGUCCUGAUUCUCUACUGGAAUAUCUGGAGCAGGCUGGCAACAACGCAAAUCGAAUUCACUAUGAUUUAAAGUAUGCUUUGCGUCUCUGUGCUGAACAUGAACACCACAGAGCAUGUGUCCAUGUCUACAAAGUUAUGGAACUAUAUGAGGAGGCUGUGGACCUGGCAUUAAAAGUGGAUGUUGAUCUAGCAAAGUCUUGUGCAGAUUUACCAGAGGAAGAUGAGGAGCUAUGUAAAAAGCUGUGGUUGAAAAUUGCUCGUCAUGUUGUACAGGAGGAGAAGGACGUAAAGAAAGCCAUGGUCUGUCUGUCCAGCUGCAAUUUGCUGAAGAUUGAGGACAUCCUACCAUUUUUCCCUGACUUUGUGACCAUUGACCACUUUAAAGAAGCCAUCUGCAGCUCCCUGGAGGCAUACAAUAAUCACAUUAAAGAGCUGAAGAGAGAGAUGGAAGAUGCUACCCAGAGUGCUAAGCGUAUAAGAGAGGACAUGCAGGAGAUGAGAAACAAGUAUGGCUCUGUUGAUCCCCAGGACAAAUGUACUGUUUGUGACUUCCCACUGCUGAAUCGCCCCUUUUAUCUCUUCCUAUGUGGCCACAUGUUCCACUACGAUUGCCUAAUGCAAGUUGUUGUACCAAAUCUGCCUGCUUACAAACAGGUCAAACUUGAAGACCUACAGAAGAAGCUUGGAACCACUGUUCAACCUUCUAAAAGUCGAUCCCGUACUAAGGAUGAGGACACAAUAAGCUUGGGUAAGGGUCAGCAAACUCGUGAGCAGGUUAAGGCAGAUAUUGAUGACAUUGUGGCCGUAGAGUGUGCCUACUGUGGGGAACUUAUGAUCCGUUCCAUCAACAAACCUUUCAUAGACCCAGAGAAAUAUGAAGAGGAGCUGAUGAGUUGGUUGUAAUUUUCUUUCUGUGACUUUAUUCUAAUGUGACCACUCUUUCCUGGAAUUUCUCUCCUGCUUUCUCUUAUUAAUCAAGAACCUGAGAUUAUUCAUUUUAUGGCAAUGUUUACUUUUCUGCUAAUUUAUUUUAUUUUGUGAGCUGAUUCAGUUGCUUCCAGAUUACAUCUGAUAUAUUUUGGAGAGAAUAUCCAUAUUUACCUAUGUAAAAAUAGAUAUUCAACAUAAUGCCUGCUUAUGCUUUUGAAAAAACCCACUGGUUAUUUUGGAACUCCUGCAUAUCAGAUAUCUUAUCAUGUAUUAGAGAGAGUCUUGUAGGGAGCAGCAUUGCCCCAGUGCUUGCUGUAACCGUACACCAAUUAAGGAUUGAUUCAAAGUCUUUUCUUGAGUAGUUGUCCACAAUUUGUGGGUUGAAACCAUACUAUUUUGAAGCUGGGUCCAGGGGAGUAAAUAUGUUGGGUAAACACUUACCCACUAUAAAUGAGAAGAUGUAAUUUAUUUUUACACUGCUGCAUUGUGGUUGGUGGAUAAUAGCAAAUACCUCUCCUUGACUUAGAUGGGACAAAUGAAGGAAAUAACAUAAUUAAUUUUAGUAUAUAUAAUAUUUACACUAUGAAGAAUAGGUCAUCAAGCCAAUAAUAUGUUUCAAGAAUUGUUCACAUGGAUUAUUUUUCUCAAACAAGUGUAGUAGGGGUUGUAUAGAGACCUUGCAAAUUAACACGUCUGUUCAUUUACUCGUUUAUUGAGAUGGUUUCAAAAUCCUAUUUGUGACAUAAUUGUACCAAUAAUUGUUCUGCCUGGAAAAUAUAAGUUCUGCUUGUUAAUGCACUUAUUGCUAUUUCAUAACAACUACCUGGGAACUCAAAAAAUGAAUAUCAUAUUCAUACCAAACAUUCACACUCCUGGAUUUUUUACAUUUUUAUCUAAUACAAAAGUUUAUUCAAAUUUUUUUGGGCUCCACUAUUGAGCCUUUGUCAAGACCACAUAACACUUCAAACAUGAAAUAUAAGCAACUUAUUUUAAAUGCUACUCCCUACUGAUGUGUUUUUUUUUUUUUUUUUUGUACCAUAUUACUUUAUGAUGAAAUCGGGGUUAUGGCGCCAAAAAUCAGCCCAAUACUUGUUUCAUGUAUGAGAGCAGCAAUACAAUACUUUAUUAUGCUGUAGAAUCUUUUCAGACCGCCCACACAUGUUCACAACCUUUCAACUCUUUGAAUGUUUUAUUGCAGUCGAUUUCUUAGAAGAUUUGGAAUGCAUCGAUAAGUUGCUUCAAAAGGAAUAUCUGGUAAAAUGGGAGAAUUUGUGUGUUUGUGUUCAAGCACUUACUAAAUUUGUUUUAUUCAACAUAAGAAUAAACUGAACAGUACUGUGAGACAAAAUAUCUAAAUAA